UUCUUACUUCCUGUUUGGUGUUGUUUGGAGCGGAGCAGAGCCUCCUGCUUUCUCCUUCUCCCCCUCUCUGCUCCUCUCCUUCACCUCUUCCCUCUCCUCCAUCCUUCUCCUCCAUCUCACCGAUUCUCCGCCGACCACCACCGGGAGUUUCUGCCCUGAGUGUCCGAGAAUCAGCGCAGGGGGGGGCGUGCAGAGUGUGACGGUGGAGCCGCUGUUGUUGUGGUUGUGUCCUGAUGGAUUUCACGUAGAGACUGUGGCUGCUGCUAAUGCUGCUAAUGCUAAUUACUGCCCGUGCUAAUUAGCCAGGUUAGUUAAUCUAGUUAAACCAGUUAUCUGUGGCUCGGUUUAUGAAAGUGCCUCAUUUUAAACCGAUUUAAGAUAACGGUGCUAAUUAGCCUCGGCUAGGACCAGGUCUACAUGUAGUUCGGGUUAGUGUUAUUGAGCUGUAAAAGAGCUAAACCGAGCUAGGAACUAGAGUUAGCUCACUUUAAGUGUCCUUUCCGUUUCUCACAGCAGCUCUGGCUUCAGUUUGACCCUAAACUGGUCUGUUUAGAGUCUAUUUGAGGGUUUAACCGGGUUAAAUGUAGACAGAAUGCUCAUUACAGGGUCCAGACACUGAUGGUUGUGAAUCCCAGCUUCAGGCGUGGGUGCAAAGGUGUAGACUGUCUAGAAAUGUAAAUUAACCCGGGUUAAAUGUAGCUCAGGUUAGAUUUUACUGACUGACCCGGCCUUAAAUCUUAAGUUGUAAUCUGCACUGCCAGUUACUGUUGUUUUAGUGGUCAUUUCUGACCUUAAAUCAGUCUCUUUUUGGCUGUAGUUUAUCAGGAUUGGCUGAGUCUGUCUUUGGGGUUUAACCCGGGUCAAAUGUGGAUUUACUGUUAUUCUAGAUGCUGAUUUUGGUGGAACCCAGACUUAUUUUUGGUAUUAAUGUGGAACUUUAGCUUCAUCUCCACAUUAAACCCUUGAAGUAAAGCUUUUGGGCCAUUGUUCCAGAGCUCCAAACUUCACAACUAAUAGCACUGAUUAAUUGUUUUCACUUCAUCUGACCAAUCAGAGGAGAGUAUUUUUCUAAACUGACCCUCGAGACUCACAACAACUUUUGACGCCAAUCCUCAAACAGCUUCAAAGCAUACCUGAAACAUGACAGCCUCGUGAUCAGGUGAUCAAUAAAGACCACAGCCUUAAUCUACAGCAGCAGACCAACAACAGCGACACCUACUGGUGAAAUCAGCAUCACAGGAAUUUUAGCUUUUAUUGGUUGAGGAGAGAUUAAAGAAUCGUCCUACAUCAGAGACGCUGCUCCUCCAUCUUCAAACACCAUCCAACCUCGAUUUACUGAGGACGCCACAGCUACUAGGACCUAGGUGAAGGAUUUAAGGUGGAACUUCUGCCUGCUAUGGAGCUAUCUCAGCUGGUACUACCUUAAAUAGUACCAGACUGUAAACACUGUCGUAUGUAAGAACAAGUAUUGGGUAAGACUACCAGGGAACUGGACCAGAGGUCCUGAAAUGCUAGUCCUGGUCCUCAGAUGUCUGUCCUGGUCCUGAAAUGCUAGUCAGAUGUUGGUUCUUGUCUUCAGAUGUUUGUCCUGAUCUUGAGAUACUUUUGCUUGUCCUCCACUGUUAGCUGUGGUCCUCAGAUGUUAGUCCUGGUCCUCAGAUGUUAGUCCUGGUCCUCAGAUGUUAGUCCUGGUCCUCAGAUGUUAGUCCUGGUCCUCAGAUGUUAGUCCUGGUCCUCAGAUGUUAGUCCUGGUCUUCAGAUGUUAGCUCUUGUCUUCGGAUGUUAGCUAUUUUCUUCAGAUGUAAGCUGUGGUCCUCAUAUGUUAGUCCUUGUCUUCAGAUGCUAGUCCUGGUCCUGAAAUGUUAGUCCUAGUCCUCAGAUGUAAAUCCUCGUCUUCAGAUGUUAGCUGUGGCCCUCAGAUGUUAGUUCUGGUCUAACUGAGCCAUAGUCUCAGGUUUAGCUAAGAUGGCGGAGCUCCACCAGUCUCCCGCCUCGCUCUGCUGCUGUCGCAAAUCCCCGCCAGUCUCCGGGUCUCGCUGUGUCGGGGACUCUGGCCGGCCUUCAGCAGCUCCGGGUCCAGGGUCCCCGCGCUGCCCCCUUGUGGAUGUGGCCUCCGCAUCAAACUUUGGCAGCUUCAAGUUGCGACACUUCCACCUGGACCUGAGGAUCAACUUUGCCGUGAAGGAGAUGAGCGGCUGGCUGGUCUUGGAUCUGAUUCCAGUCCAGCCCGGGGUCCAAAGCCUGGUUCUGGACACCCACCCGUCCCUCCUCAUUCACUCCAUUGACUGUAAGGUCCCUGGGGCCACUCAUGAUGACCCUGUGUCCCUGACGUACCGUGUCGACCCGUUCACAGACUAUGGCUCCUCGUUAAUCAUCAGCCUGCCCCCCGAGAGCCUUAAACAGGGCCGGGCGAUCCAGAUCACAGUCCGCUACACGACCACGGAUGGACCUGCGAUCUGGUGGUUGGACUCGGAGCUGACCUGUGGUCAGACUCGUCCCCUCGUCUUUACCCAGGGCCACUCGGUGUGUAAUCGCUCCUUGUUCCCGUGCUUUGACACGCCAGCUGUGAAGAGCACAUACACCGCUACAGUCAGGGUUCCUGACGGUGUGACGGUCCUGAUGAGUGCGUCUCGGAGCUCGUACUCCAAACAGGACCGGGUUUUCCAGUUCUCCAUGGAGUUCCCUGUGCCAUCCUACCUGGUGGCGUUGGUGGCGGGGGAGCUGCAACACGUAGACGUAGGCCCGCGGAGUCGUGUGUGGGCGGAGCCAUGUCUGCUGUCAUGUGCAGUGAAGAAGCUAGGGGGCAGUGUGGAGCGCUGGCUGGGUGUAGCUGAGGAGUUAUUCGGACCUUACCUUUGGGGCAGGUGUGACAUCGUGUUCCUCCCCCCUUCCUUCCCCAUCGUUGCCAUGGAGAACCCAUGUCUGACCUUCAUCAUCGCCUCCAUCUUAGAGAGUAGCGAGUUUCUGCUCAUCGAUGUCAUUCAUGAGAUCGCCCAUGGCUGGUUUGGCAACGCUGUGACCAAUGCCACCUGGGAGGAGAUGUGGCUGAGUGAAGGGCUCGCCACCUACGCCCAACGCCGGAUCACCACUGAGGCCUACGGUGAGGCAUUCACCUGCCUGGAAACUGCCGUUCGAUUGGAUGCCCUCCACAGACAGCUGCGUCUCCUUGGAGACAACAAUCCUGUGAGCAAACUGCAGGUCAAGUUUGAGCCAGGUGUGAACCCCAGCACUCUGAUGAACCUGUUCACCUAUGAGAAAGGGUUCUGUUUCGUCUCGUACCUGUCGCAGCUCUGUGGAGACGUCAGACGCUUCGACUGUUUCCUCAGGGAUUACAUUUCAGAGUUCAAGUUUAAGAGUGUGCUGGCUCAGGAUCUCAUAGACUACUUCCUGUGUUAUUUUCCUGAGCUGAAGGACGCCGCCGUCGCCCAGAGAGAAGGUCUGGAGUUUGAGCGCUGGCUGAGCGGUUGUGGUCCUCCUCUGUAUGAGCCUGAUCUGUCAGCAGGGGGCGCUCUGACGCAUCCUGUUCAGGAUCUGUGUGAGCUGUGGAGCAGUAGCGACCCUCCAGACCCUGAGAGCCUGACCACCUUCGACCUCUCGGCCUGGAGCACCUUCCAGAUCGUUCUGUUCCUGGACCGUAUGUUAGACCAUGCCCCCCUGCCCCAUGCUGUGAUGGUGUCUCUCUCCUCCUGUUACUCAUCUCUCUUCGAUGCUCUGAAUGCGGAGGUCCAGAUCCGUUGGCUUCAGAUGGUUGUGAGGAACAGCUUCUACCCCGACCUGCCCCGAGUCCGAGCUUUCCUCUAUAAACAUACAUCCAGGAUGUACACAGUGCCGCUCUAUGAUGACCUGGUUGCUGGGGUGAUGAAGUGUGUUGCUGUGGAGAUCUUCAACCAGACCCAGCGCCGCAUGCACCCAAACCUCAGACGGACGCUGCAACAGAUAGUCUUUCAGAACACCACCGCCCCGACCAAUCAGAACGUUCCUGCCCUGUCGGUCACAUCCCCUUCCCCUUCCCUCUCCCCACAGCCUGCUGCUACGGUAACUGCCUCCACUGCUGCGGGGACGACCACAGCCAUCGCUCUGCGGGACGUCAAUGUCUCUGCGUGACUUCCACCUGAUCUUUAGGCUAUGAUUGGCCAGUGGGUUAAGGUGAUGGGCUGAGCUCCAGCUGAACUACAGACAAUUAAAGUUAGAACACUGUGAAGUAAAUUCACCUCACAGACUUUCAAAGUAAAGGUCAAGGCUGCUGCUGAAUGAUGACUCAUCAUGUGACUCAUGUGACUCAUCAUGUGACUGAGUGUUUUUUAAGACGCCUGCUGAAGCUGCAGUCAGUUGAUCAAACUGCUGAGACGGCUCCUCUGAUUGGUCGCUAAAGUCACAAUGUUUAAAAAUGUUUCACUCCAACGUGACGAUGCCGCUGCGUCUGAGUCUAAACCUGCCGUCAUCACCUGCUUUAUGUUGAAGGCGUGAUUGCACCUGUUUUAUUUUGAAGGAGUGGUCCUGCCUUUUUUUAUUUAAGAGGUGUGGUCUCGCCUGUUUCAAUUUGAAGGUGUGGUCUCACCUGUUUUAUUUUGAAGAUGUGGUCUCACCUGCUUUAUUUUGAAGGCGUGAUUACACCUGUUUUAUUUUGAAGGUGUGGUCUCAUCUGUUUUAUUUUGAAGGUGUGGUCUCACCUGCUUUA